AUGGACAAAGGUCCUCUCAAUAUCGGCCAGUCCUUCCAGCUUAUGCUGGAGUGUUUGGUUGAUAUCAUGGGAGUCUCGGAGCUUAGUGCCCGGAUCCGUGAUGAUAUCGACCUCGACGUACAGUUGCUGUCCGGCAUGAUAUGCUCAGCACUAAGAGAACAAGAUCCGGAGGCCAAUGCAGCAUGCUCCGACCGGAUCCAGAUACCAGACGAAAUUGUCCCCUACAAUCGACAUAAUCAGACUGAAGAUGUUCACCGCCAGAUCAUUCCGGUGGUCGACGAAGAACACUUGCGCCGCUGGGCCAGCGGCACCGUAGCAAGGAUACCUGACUCGGACUUCCGCGAUGCCAGCGACUUGGCCGACUCGAUGAUGAGCUCAACCGCUACGGUGGUCAUCAGGGCACAGAACAUGAUGAUUGCCAUCGUCUCGAUACGUCACGUCCCGGAGGAUACUGGGAUGGCUUCGGAUGCGACGGCAUUCGAGGCGUGA